AUACUCUCCAAUACCAGUUUUACAACCUUCAUGCCCUUCACGUCCUGCACAAAGGUCUGCCUAAGUGAUUAUAAAAAAUGAAGAUGAACAUCAAAAUAAAUAAAUUAUGAUGACUGAAUAUCCUAGCUGUCUUUCAUUUUAUUUUAUCUAAUUUCUUUGCUUCAUCUUUAAUGGAAGUCAACACCUUUUCCCACAUUUUCCUUUCACCAUUUUUUCUCUCUCUCAAAUCCAUUCCAUUUUCUUUGGCAACCUCAAUUUUUGUUCUUCAAAUUUGGAAAAGUUGGACUCUUUUCAAGUACCCUUUUUGCAAUGUAUGUAAGCUGACUGAUAAUAAACAGCUAUGGAGUUCAAAAAAGAGAAGCUAGUAAGGUUUAAUGAUACCCAUCAUUUAGAAAAACCAUUGCCUGUAUAUAACAAAGUAUCUGAAGAUGGUGCGAGUGAUCCAAAAACAAGUCAUAAAGUUCCUAAAUUUGGAGGGUUUAAGGUAUUCCCAGACAAUCAUGAGCCAUGGAGAGAGCGAAUUAUUGAUCCAGCAAGUGAUCUUUAUCUGCAAUGGAACAGAGUUUUUCUGUUCUCUUGCUUGCUGGCACUUUUUGUUGAUCCAUUGUUUUUCUAUAUACCUUCAGUUACAAACAGUGGCGUUACUUCUUGUAUGUCUACAGAUUUGAAUUUGGGGAUCACAGUGACUUGUUUUAGAACUUUUGCUGAUAUAUUUUAUAUAUUACAUGUUGUGGUUAAGUUUAGGACAGCUUAUGUUGCACCUAGUUCAAGAGUUUUUGGAAGGGGUGAACUUGUUAUGGAUGCUAAGAAAAUCGCAAUGCGGUAUCUGAAGUCCGAUUUCUUGAUAGAUUUUAUUGCAGCUUUACCGCUUCCUCAGGUUGUAAUUUGGUUUAUCCUUCCGGCAAUUAAAAGUGACCACUCUGAUCAUACCAACAACGCCGUUGUACUAAUUGUUCUGGUUCAGUACAUUCCAAGAUUAUAUCUGAUGUUUCCUUUAAGUUCUCAGAUCAUCAAAUCCACCGGGGUAGUCACAAAGACUGCUUGGGCUGGGGCUGCCUAUAAUCUCCUACUAUACAUGUUGGCUAGUCAUGUCUUAGGGGCCUGGUGGUAUUUGUUGUCGAUUGAACGUCAUGCAACAUGCUGGAAACGUAUUUGUAAACAUGAAUUAAGUCCAGUAAAGUGCAGUCCAUCAUACUUGGAUUGCGGUACUCUGGACAGAGAUGAACGCAAACUAUGGGGAAACAGUACUACAGUGUUCAGUGAUUGUGAUCCAAACAGUAAUGUUUUCGAAUAUGGGAUAUUUGCAAAUGCUGUUGCACAGAAUGUUGUCGCGUUAGAUUUUCUUGAGAAGUAUUUCUACUGUCUAUGGUGGGGGUUGCAGAACCUGAGUUCAUACGGCCAGAGUUUGGAAACAAGCACAUUUAUUGGGGAAACAGCAUUUGCUAUACUUAUUGCCAUCUUAGGUCUGGUUUUGUUUGCCCAUUUGAUUGGAAAUAUGCAGACCUACAUGCAAUCCGUCACAGUCAGACUUGAAGAGUGGCGGCUCAAGCGGCGAGACACGGAAGAGUGGAUGAAGCAUCGUCAACUCCCCCAUGCUCUGCAAGAACGAGUAAGAAAAUUCGUGCAAUACAAGUGGCUUGCAACUCGAGGGGUUGAUGAAGAGGCAAUUUUGCGUGGAUUACCUACAGAUCUUCGUCGAGACAUCCAGCGCCACCUUUCCUUGGAUCUUGUUCGGAGAGUUCCUUUUUUUGCACAGAUGGAUGAUCAGCUGCUUGAUGCCAUAUGUGAGCGUCUGGUAUCCUCCUUGAGUACUCAAGGCACUUUCAUAGUUCGCGAAGGUGAUCCCGUCACAGAGAUGCUUUUCGUUAUCAGGGGGAGGCUAGAGAGCUCAACCACAAAUGGAGGUCGGACAGGUUUCUUCAAUUCAAUAACUCUAAGGCCUGGCGAUUUUUGCGGCGAAGAGCUUCUUGCUUGGGCGUUACUUCCAAAAUCAACACUCAACUUGCCUUCUUCCACAAGGACAGUAAGAGCCCUAGAGGAAGUAGAAGCAUUCGCCUUACGUGCAGAAGAUCUUAAAUUCGUGGCCAAUCAGUUCAGACGUCUCCAUAGCAAAAAGCUACAACACACAUUCCGUUUCUACUCGUACCACUGGAGGACAUGGGGAGCCUGCUUUAUCCAGGCUGCAUGGCGUCGAUACAAGAAGAGACUGAUGGCGCGGAGACUGAAUAUGAGCAUGUCAUUUGCAUAUUCUGUUGAUGAACAAGCGGCUGACGAAACAGCUCAGCAUAGCAAGACAUCUUCGCCUACUUCUCAAGCAAAACAAAACUUUGGUGUCACUAUAUUGGCUUCAAGAUUUGCUGCAAACACAAGAAGAGGAGCUCAAAAGAUGAAGGAUGUUGAAUUGCCUAAGUUGCAAAAGCCUGAAGAACCAGACUUUUCAGUAGAGGCAGAUGAUGACUAAUUUGAUCCUCAUUUAUUAUACGACACCCAUUAAAAGUCUGCAAGAGAAUUCUAAUGAUAUAUACUCUAUACCAUGUACAUGUACGUUUGUUACACAUAGGUUAAUUAAUUUAUUUAUUACAGUUAAAUACACAUUUAUAGUUUACAUAAUGUUCCCUAA